GGUGCCAGAAGCCAGGAAUUUCAAUAAUGCCCGGGGGAGGUGGAAGCUGGAGUUCCUUGGGCCCAGCUAAGGCAGAGGGAGGGGGGAGGAGAGUUCAGCCCACCCUCCCCAGACCCUCUUCCCCUAGUGGAUUUUGAAGCCUGCAGACUCAGAGAGCAGAGUGGGCCUCGAGAGCUUGGAGCAUGGAGUUGUGAGAGAGUCAGAGUAUCGGAGGCUCGGGAAGAAGGCCGAGCCCCGCUUCCGUGGUGGGGCUGGACGGCGUCUCACCUCCUGGCACUGCGCUCCCAAGUGCCCUUUCUCAGAGCCCUCCUGCUGCUCCAGGGGGAGGGCGCUCCAAGUACAGGUUUUUCAGCCUCCCCCCGUCCGGACAACCUGCCAGACCAGCUUGCCCUCAGUCGCCAUUCCUCUCAGUCUCAGGGUGUGUGUGGCUGCGAGCUCUGGGGGGAGAGGACGAGCCGGAUGAGGGCUCCCACCCAUGGACCUCCUGCCCCUCUGAGCUAGACCGAGAGCCAGCCAGGAGCCCAGCCAUCACCCGAGUCCAGAAGCUCUUCGCGGAGGCGAUGGGGGGAGCCUGGGGCGCUCCGUUCUCGCUGCUUCUGCUGCUCAUCAGUUACCGCACCGUGACCAGCCUGGACCAAAUCCCGUACACGCCGCAGAUCUCCGCGCUGGCCCUGGAGGGGAAGGUCACUGCGGCCACGUUCUCUCUGGAGCAGCCCAGAUGCAUCUUCUCAGAGCUCGCCGCCCCGGCUGAUGCUGUCUGGCUGGUGGUCGCCUUCAGCAAUGCCACGGAGGAUUUCCAGAACCCUAAGACUGCCGCAGAGAUCCCCUCCUACACUGAACUGUCCAGCAGCUUUUACUACAUGACCCUGAAGCUGUCUCCUGACCUCUACCCGUGUGAGGAAGAAGACAUCGCCGUCCUCCGUGUGGGCAGUGACACCAACUGCCUCCGAAACCUGAGCCAGGAGUACUGCAACGCUCCCCUCUUGGCCCCUGGUCCUUACAGGGUGAAGUUUCUGGUGAUGGACAACAAUGGCCAGCCCAAGGCAGAGACGCGGUGGUCAGACCCAAUCACUCUCAACCAAGGGAAGGACCCCAGAAGCAUUGAUACUUGGCCGGGCAGGAGAAGUGGCUGCAUGAUCGUCAUCACCUCCAUCCUCUCCACCUUUGCGGGCCUCCUGGUGAUCGCCUUCCUCAUCGCCUCCACCGUCCAGUUCUCCAGCCUCUGGUGGCCCGAGGACCCCUCCCCGCCGGAGCAGCUGCACAUCGGCUCCUUCAUUGGGAAGCGCUACACGACCCACCACAUCCCGCCCAGCGAGGCAGACACGCUGCCCGUGGGCUGGGGAGCCCACCUGCCCCCCGGCCCCUGCCCUGCUCCCAUAGUCUGACCCUCCCCGCUGGGCUAACGCAGAAGCUUCCAGCCUUCGCCCGCCUCCCGCUGCAUUUUGGAACGAAUUAAAGAAGGACUCGGAGAGGGUCCCGAAGGUU